AGACACUGAUCAUGUUAAUGAUUUCUCACAACAAUGAUUUAACAAAGCAGGAAACAGCUAUUUUUAGAAAAGGCCCACGGGCGACUCAUGUGGUCCUCGCGGGCACCAUGUUGGUGACCCCUGAUCCAAGGCAAUGCAACAAAUUUCAGCCAGCACAUACUAGUCAAAAAUUGCAAUUACAUGCUUAAAUGCUUACAUCAUACAUACAGGUGACUGGCAUGUUUUGCUCACAUCAUCUUCACAGUCAGAAAACUACACUCGAUUUGGCGGUCAAAACAUUGUAAGUAAAACUACAAGCCUAAAGUAAUCACUGAAUAGUUCUUGGCCCCUAAAUAUACUGAUUGCAGCUACUUUCAUUGUUGUUUUAUUACAUUUUCAUUUUUUUUUCUUUAUAGAGCUUUUCAGUUUAUCUUGCAUGUUAAAGCUCUUGUAUAUGUAACAGUAAUAAAUCUCUAUACCAAAUGCUGCUUUUACUUUCUGCUUGUUGCUUUCAAAUAAAAUGCUAACAAGUAGUUGAACCCCAUCUGUUAGGAAUAUUUUGUGUCUUAUUCCAGGAAGAAAUGCUUUUAUUAAAAAGAAUGUAAAUCAGGCAGUAUAACAAGCACAGCUAAAAAAGUCAGACAGAGCCAAAUCCACACCUUCACACAUCACCAGCUGGAGAAAAGAAAGUGAAACUGAAGGUUUAUAAGACAGAGGGACGAAACUAAACACAAGUUGAAGAAAAAGACUUUCCAAAAACAGUUGUUCAUUACAUUGGUGCAUAUUCGUGUUUCUACUCCAUUCUCAAUAAAUAAUCCUCAUACCAAGUUUUAGAAACUACACCGCAAUAAUGGCAAUUAAGUUCAGCGGAUGGGAGGCCUGCUGUGAAAACUUUAAGCAGCUGCAACCAGGCCAAACCCCCAAAAAAAGCCAUGGCUAUACCAUGUUCCAUGGGACACACAAAAGCAAUGCCAGCGCUAUAAUAACUUCAGGAUUCAAGCCUUCAGCUGGGGGAACACUGGGAGUUGGUAUCUACUGCAGCAGAGACAUUAACAAAGCCAUGGCCUACCCAGCAUUCUGCCCUUCUACAGAUAGAGUAGUGUUCAGGCUGAGGGUGCGAGUGGGAAAGGUCAAGAAAAUUGAGAGUCAGCUCAUGCAAACCACGUGGCAUCAGCAUGGCUAUGACACGGCCUGGCUGCCCGCCAGUCUGUUAGGCUAUGAGGAAGAUUGUGUGUGGGACCCAAAACGAGUUACGGUUGUAGGAAUUGAAUACUGUGGUGAUGCCGCCUUGAGGACUUCUUUGGAGAAUCUCAUAAAGCAGCAAACACAUAGAUCAGGACAAGGGGCAAGUGGGUCACAAGGGAAUCUUUGUAAGAGCUGUGGCAUGCAAACCCAGAACAUGCACACUGUGCAGAAGUGCUGGGUCUGUAAGAAAGCCAUAUGUGCCUUCAUGAAUAAGCAUGUAUGCUCUAAUAAGUAACAUACACUCUUUCUCCUCUUUGACUCACUGAUAACUGACUUAUUUAACAUACAACAUAAUGCUUUAUCAUGUCUAUAUAUUUUAGUAGACAAGAACUUAGGAGAAGGUCAUUUGUAAUUCCAAUAUUUGAGUUCUGGUUUCUUGGUUUCUAUUUUCUUAUCCAAAAAUGUUAUAUGUUUUGCUCUGUAGUGUCUCUCUUUUAGAUUGCACUCUGUUGUUCUGUUGUCUGUAAUGAUCUUGAAAUGUUCUGUAUUGUUAAAUGUUUUAAAAAGGACACACACACACACACACACACACACACACACAC